AUGCAAGCUUGUGUGCUGUUUAUCUUCUCUGCCAUCAUCCUUGUCUUGUCUACUGCUUCCCCCAUCCUCUUUAUUCCUGCCCCUGUCUCCUUCUUCCCCGCCUCUCUCUCACACUUUCCUCCCUCACUCAGACCUCCCCCCUCUCCCUCAUGCCUCUCCCCUUCUCCACCAAUCCCGUCUCACAGGGAUGCCACCAGGGCAUUCGUCUCGGGCAACUUCUCAGGCUUUACUCCUCUCCCCCACACCUUCCUCUCCCCCUCUGUCCAUCCUUUGUUCAGUCAUUUUCCAUUCCUUUUCCAUCCCUUUCCCCCUCCUACCGUCCCUUACUCUCCCAUUCCCUCCCGUUUUAGAACCCUUUCUAUCCUUUUCCAUCCCUCUCCAUCUCUUUCCAUCCCUCUCCGUCCCUUUCCAUCCCUCUCCAUCCCUCUCUCCCCUGCAGGCGAUGGCUUAACGGACGACCUGACGGGGCUGUCAGGCGAGCAGUGCAUCGGCGUUGCUGACUAG